AUGCCACUCAGCCCACCCCACUCCCCCCCACUCUACGCUCCCCAGCCGACCGCCCCCCCGCAGGGAACCGCGGAACACGAAGCGGCGGAGGGGGCCGGCGCCCAGGAGGGAUUCCUGCUCAACCUGAGCCCGCUGCCAGCCAGGGCGGGCUUCCUCAGCAGCACCGCCCUCGAGGGCGAGCUGCAGGUCAAGCUGCUCGUCGACCACCGCCACCGCUUCCAGGACCUCAGUCUGGCCUUCGCCGGCCACGAACGCAAUGGCCACGAACACCUCCAGCUCACCAGCCACUCCGCCACCCUCUGGACCGCCGCCCCCGCCCAGCCCAGCCCCCCCAGCCAGACGCCCUUCCGCAUCGCCCUCCCCCGCCAUCUCCCCGAGUGCAUCCACCUCCCCAACAGCCACGGAAUCAACUACAGCCUCACGGCCACCCUCACCUACCACCGCCUCAACCACCACCACCCCCACCCCCCCGUCCCACGGAAAGCCAGCCUGACCAUCCCCAUCCACAUCCCCGCCUGCCCCGACCAUCCCCCGCAAGCACACCAGGCCUUCUCCCUCUCCCCCGUCGAAAUCAGCACCCUCCAGCCCACACCCAUCUUCCUCACCAUCUCCCACACCCUCCUCAGACACGCCGAGCCCCUCGCUCUCCAGAUCAGAAUCCCCCCGCCCACCGAACAGCUCGUCACCGACAAAGGCCUCCAGCUGCGCAGCGUCAGGGCAGAGCUCAGGAGACACAUCCGCCCACGAUCAGCACCCGAGCAGCAGGUGACCACCGUCCUAGCGAUCUCAGGGAAGUCCUGCCGCUUCUCGUCCUCACGCGCGGUGUUUCUCCGGCUGCGCUUGCAUUCAUGUCUCGCGAGCACACGGGGGCGAGCGGGGACGGUUGGGGCGCGGCAUGGAGAGGAAGAAGGGCUGGCGACCGAGCGGGAGGGGGUCCCACGGUGCCCGACGGUGAGCCAGACGACGGGGCUGUUCGAGGUCUCGUUCAGCGUCGCCGUCCGGGUCCAGCUCUCGGCGGGGGACGGCGCGCGGCAAGACGUGGAGCUGGCGCAGGCCGUCGGCGUCGAGCCCGACCGGCCGGCGUCGCCCAGCCAGCCGGUGUCCGGCAAGGCGCGCGAGGCGCUGCUCGAAGAGGCGGCCCCCGAAAGUGACUCGCCGGAGGGCCCGGGCCCGGCGCCGACGUAUCUGGAGACCGAGCUGCAGGCCUCCACCUCCCAGCUCACACACAUCGACCUGCUCGGCCCCCUGCUCGACUGGCAUCCCGAAGAAGAACAAGGAGAGGAAGAGGAGGAAGAGUACGACGGCUACGAGUCCUUUUCGGCAAGGGCCGCCCACGACGGGCCCGCGCCGCCGACGAUCGACGAGGACGAAUCCCCCCCGCCCGCGCCCGACACCCCGCCCGAAGGCCUCCAGCUCCAGCCCCCCAUCCGAGUCCUCCCCGACUCCGACCUCAUCACGCUCCCCGACCUCGCCCGCCACCUCCAUCACCUCGCCGGAGACUGCGGCCCCUUCGCCCCGCCUGAUGAUCCCCGCUCGGCCGGGGCCCCACCGCCCAUCGAGGCCGACCCCGGAUGCAGACCGCCCGCGUACGCCCCCGGCUGGUCCGCCCACCCUCCCAUCCUCCCCAACAACAACAACAACUCCCCAUCCCCUCCCCCUCUUCCUCCCCCUCCCCCCCCUUCUUCUUCUCAGCUGGCCGCCGCAGAAACGUCGUCGCUCGAACCGCCCCCUUACGCCGCCAACUGA